AUGGCGACAGGCCAAGCCAUAGCUCCCGACAAUAUGGAGCGGCGUAUGUCUCACGAGUCUCUGGUUCAAGCCAAACAAGAAAUGGCUCAGAACAGCAACGGAGUUCGAAUCAAAAGUGGACACAUGUUGUAUGGCGAAGAAUUGGAAGAAUUCUGUUCCCAACGCGGGCUGUGUCCACUCUGUGGCCGCGUCAAAAUCAAACGCAAGGCUUUUAAAUUGUUCAAGAAAUCAAAAUGGGAAAACUUGACGGUCAAAUCGAGGACCACGGGCAAAUACAAAGUCUACAAGGGGUAUUGUUUGAGCGAAGGUUGUUUUUCAUUGGAUCAAGUCCGACGGAUUACUUCCACCAACGGAACGCAGCAUGCUCAACGACCGCGAUAUCCCAAACGAUGGAGCAGUGCGGAUGACAGUUAUCCAUUGGGAGACGAUGAUACCGUCUUUUCGCUCACGCCACCACAAGAACAUCGUUUCCCCACGGAAGAACUCAAGGAGGAACUCCGCCAGAAUCCAAAACAUGUGGACGAUCGGAUACCACUCUCGAUUGUUCAGGCAACGAUUCGAGAAUUGUCAAGCAAUGAAUCCAUCACGAUAUUAGAUCUUAGUAAAGUGGCCAUUCGGACCUCGGACAUGCGCAUGUUGGUUUCGUUUUUUGAAGAGAAUACCUUUUUGCGGACUCUAAUGCUCGAAAAUUGUUUGCUCGAUGAUGAGCAAGCCGUAUUGUUGGGAGGAGGAUUGGAGGCUGCCAGUGACAUGACUCUUACCAAACUGUAUCUCACAGAAAACAAGAUUGGGGAUUCGGGCUUGGAGUCCAUUUGCAAUUAUCUGGAGACUUCGAGUACAUUGGAAAAGUUUGAUAUUUCCAAGAAUGAAUGCAGCAGCAUGGGUGCGGUCAAGAUCUUCAAGGCCUUUUCUCAGAAUCCAUUAACCAAAAUUGUUGCUUUGAACUUGAGCCAUAACAAAAUUUAUGACUUGGACGAAGAUCAGUUUGGAAUCAAGACCUUCCUUACCAGAAACAGAACGCUUCGUGUCUUGAACUUGGAGGGGAAUGUCAUACAUGCCGAAGGAGUCAAGUCGAUCGCCAAGGGGAUUAUAUCGAAUACGAAUAGUACUCUCGAGAGACUAUAUCUGGGGUUCAAUUCGAUUGGGGAUGAUGGGGCUAUCAUUCUGGCCAAUGUUUUGGAAAGGAAUACAACGCUGACGUAUUUGGGACUGAUUGAGAAUGCCAUUGGGAAUCCAGGGGCCAAGGCCUUGUUAUUAGCGUUGGACACCAACAAGUACAUAUCGGAAAUUUCGGGAUUGUGGAGGAAUAAUAUAGAUCGACGAUUCAUUGUGGUGGCCAUUCGGCGGUUGCUUUUGGCAUCCGAUCGAAUAGCCAAGAGGCGGCGGCAACCAGAUAAUCCUAUGGAACCAGUGCGAUCGGCUCCUCCACCACGGGUGUCUAUUGCUCGACCGGCACCCAAACAACCGCAACCCGAACAACCCCAAUUCCCUCCGGAAGAUGAAAGUGCCGUGUCAGGAGAUGUUGGAUUUGGGACGCUCUCGUAUGCACCCAGCAUUGCCAGCUCGGUGCCAUCGCAAAUAACACCCGAUGGAUUCCCCAUGUCACCAUUGCGAAAUGACAGAAAUGGAAUAACAUCCAUGAAUGGCACGAGGAGUCCCAAAAAGUCCCCCAAGCGAGAUCCCAAUUUGCCAGUAGAUCGGCUGACAAUCUUUCAAAGUGCUCCACUCGCCUACUUUGACAAGAUAGCAGGAGCACAUCGAGGGAUUCCGUUGAUAGACUAUCGAGACGAAGAAAUGGUAGUGGCCCAAUCGGUUUCAUUUUCUGUGGAUUCAACAAUUGAAGUUUCCAUCAAGACGGCAACACCAGCCAAUCUGAGUAGUUUCUUGCAAGAGAAGGAUAAUCGAGUCCUUCACUUUUCAUGUCACGGACAUCCGGAUUACAUACCGUUGGAAAAUGGGUUUGGUUCGCUGCAUAUUCUACCGCAUGAAGGUCUUGCCAAGUUAGUGGCCGUCAAUGGUUCGAAUUUGCACACGGUGUUCGUUUCGUCUUGCCAUGCGCAUUCGAUUGGACAGGCGUUUGUCAAGGCGGGUGUCAAGCAUGUGGUCUGCUGUGAACGGGAAGACAAUUUUCAGGAUCCAGUGGCGUCUGAGUUUGUCCAAACCUUUUACCAGGCCUUGGCACGAGAUCUGACCCUUUUUCAAGCCUUUGAAAGCGCAAAAAAGGCAGUUGCCGCGUCCAUGCAUGCCACCAAUAAACGAAAUCUCUCAAAGAGAUUUCGCUUGUUGCCAGAAAUGGACGAAGUGGAAAACUUUCAUAAGGUUCCAGUCUUCUUUGCUGGCAUGCCUCCUCAAAGUCCUCUUGGAUUUUGGAAAAAGCAACCACAAUUACCCAAGCUGCCGAAACACUUUGUGGGUCGUGAAGUUGACAUAUAUGAUGUUCUACAAGCUCUUCGAGCCGAAGACAUGGUCCGUAUUAAUGGACCCCCUGGACAUGGAAAAGAAAGCGUCGUUGCAGCCCUGGCGGACUAUGCUAUUCUACGUUCAGAAGCCUUUGGUGUUGAUGGCGUUUUCUGGUUGCCUCCCAUGCCUGGAGUCGUCCCCGUGAAAGAUUCUCUGUACGGUGACCUAUGCCAAUGUGUUUCUACAUUGCAGGAUGCUCCAGAAGACAUCUGGGAUAAGAAUGAGCGCCUGAUGGAAUGCAGAGAUCGAAUAGAUAUUGAAAUGGAGAACAUGAAGCCUCUGUUGGUUGUCGAUGAUUCCUUGAUAUCCUUUGUUUCUGCUGGUGCGCAAACUGGUUUCGAAAGUUUUCUGAGCCACUUAAUGAAUACGUCUGCAGCCAAGGUCAUCAAGGUCAUGUCGGGGGGUGAAACACCUUCCGCUCUCUCUGGGAACUCUAUGAUUUCAUCGAGUUCCAAGAUAGAAGAGGCGAGCUUUGAAAUCAGUCCCCUCGACUUUCGGUCCACUGCCAAACUGUACGGAGGCAUUUCCAACUUUAUCUCGAGUAGUGGUUGUCCAGCCGCUCACACAGCUACAGAAUUUGCCGAACUAGCCGAGCCACCGUUUAUCACACGGGUAUCCAUGCCAUCCUCUGUGGUAUCACAACGUAGGUCCGACUUGUAUGCUCGUAUGGGGAGCGGCAUCCCGGCAGCAACCGUUGCUAUUGCGCAGGGCCAAAGCAAAAAAGCCUUCAUCGAACUCAUCAAGAUUGCCAACAUACCCGAAGUGCAUGUCGGGACGCUAGGGGCUCUGGAAAAGACUCUGGAGAAAAUGACACGAUUGCAGACUGCCGCCAUCAAGGAACGAAAUUAUCUUCGUGCUUUGGAUUUGGAUAGAAUAAUAGAGGAGAUUGAAGAGAUGCGUCCAGAGUUCCCAACUUUGGAAGAAUUGAAAAUGGAAGAGGAGGUUCUCAAGGCGGACCUCGCCGAAGCUAUUGGAAACAAGAAUUAUGACGAAGCCGCCAACAUCAAGAAAGAGAUGUUGCUACUCAAGAAGAAGAUUAGCCGGGAGCGAACAAACAACAACGGAGAUUCGGCAGGCGAAGCUACCGAUCGAAUGGAUGAAGUCCAACUGCAAAUCAAGAAUAUGAUCGAAGAUGUCAGGUUGGAAGAUUUGGAUGAAGCCGUGACUUUUGUUAUUGAAGGCGCAGACGGUACCAAAUGCAACUUUGUGAUUGAAGUUGGUGAAGUCUAUGACUUCCAGCCUACCUAUACUGCUAAUGGCGUUGUGGUUUGGGCCAAUGAAAGCUGUGCGUUGGGUGGAAAUCCCAUGCAUGACAAGUUGUUGGAAAAGGGAGGGCCCGCUUUGGUUAAUGACAUUGAAAGCCUUCCCAUUGUGACAAAGACUGGACACGGUCCAGUCCGCUGUGGAACUGGUAACGCUGUUAUUGUGGGACCCGAAAAGUAUGGCGAGCUGGGAACUCCGUGCUUGAUUCUGGCCGUGGGCCCACUCUCACCACACAACUCGGAAGAUGCUGUCGACGAUGACACGGAUAUUUUACAUCAUAUCAAAAUGAUGUUGCGAUCGAGUUACCGGUCCACCUUGAUUCUCGCGAGACACGCCGGCUUACAAGCCUUGGCAUUGAAUAUCUUGACUACCCGCAAGACAGGCAAGGCCUAUCACGAAACGGUCCAAAUGGGAUUGCAAACCCUGGUGGAAGAAGCCCAAUUCUGCACCGUCAAGCAAUACCAAGUCAUGGCCUCUUCGCCCAAUGAAGCUGCCUUGUUAGCAGGACUCAUGACCGAGAUGGGCUAUCAACGGCUAUCUGCAAAAACCUAUGAACUAUGA